GCGGGAGAGGCAAGGUGAGGACACUGAUUUCGCGAACAUGCUUCCGCAGGUUUGGGCUUUUGUGCCGUUCAACUGUGGCAUUUCAUGCUUUUUGGCUCAUCCAGAUGAGCGCGUUUAUGUAGCACACGCUGCGCGCUACUUCUCUCAUGGCAUGCCGGCAUUGUCUCCAGAAAUGCGCAAAGCGCGUGGCCAGAUGUUUCUCGAGCGUUGAGUACACAGCGCUGGCUAUGUGCAGUGUGGGUGUGAUCCUUGUGAUGUCUGGCACCUUCGCCGGGCGCUGGCGCCUGGACGAGCAUGGAACCGCACCACUGGAGAAUGUCUGGAGUGUCUCUGGAUUUCCCCAGAAGAGCUAUGGCCUCCUCCUGGUGACAGCCCGCACAAGUCAGUCCUGGACAAUGGUGACACGAGUCAUGUGCGAUUGGCAGGGCAUGAAAGGUGCUCAGAUCAGCUCUUGGAUUCAAACUGGAGCCAAAUCAGCGACGGACGGAUGCAGUGGGAAUGAGGAUUGUGGUGGGGGAUUUGCUGGCCACCUGUAUAUGAGAUGCAAGGAGUACGACAGAAUCUACAUCGCCAAUAUGGCGGUGAUGUGCGUGACCUUCCUUACGGUUGUUAUGUGCAUCGUUGCCAUCCUUAUUGGCGCGCUGCGGCCACUGCAGAAAGGAGGCGGUGUCGCUUAUGGAUUGUUGCUCUUCUCUGGAUUUGUUCUGGUCGGCACGGACGCUGCUUGGGCGGUCACUACGUGGGUCGCAUUCAAGAAUCUGGGCGAGACUGCUUGGUAUCCAUACCCAAAUCUUGGGAUAGGCUGGUUCCUGCACAUCUACGGCGGCCUCAGUAUCCUGGUUGCCAGCCGCAUCUUCGGCUGGCUGGUGAUGCCGCUGGUUCGCCAGUAUGAUCCCGAGCAAGAGGGCCUUGCCAAGAGUCAGCAAAAGAUCAAACAGAUGAAGUUGUGGAAUAAGGAGUGGGGACAGCAGAGUGCUCCAAUGGGCCCGGCUGCUACGUCGGCUUAUGGAUAUGAGCAAGGCUACGGUUAUGGUGAAGGCUAUGACGGCUAUGGCUACAAUGUGUCUCCAGAAGCCUAUCCUGCCAAUCAGGACUAUCAACAUGCAAAUGUGGUUGGAGCGCCUGCCAUGCCACCGCUGCAGAUGGGGCCACAAGUGUGAGGCGGCCCAUUUGUGACCGCCCAGAGCGGAGAACCCUCGAAGAGGCCACUUGGCGAAGCCAGACUGGGCUCUAGACCGCAAGUUCCGAGCAGCCGAGCUGCUUGUUGCAUUAUUAUUGGGUCCGGACCUGCACGAGGGGUGCAGGUGCUUGGAUUGCAGUCUGGUUUGGUCUCAGGGCCUGUAUGCCAGAUUGCUCGUCCACUGAUCUGAAUGAUGCUAGAAGCAUGGCAUGAUGAUACAGUGGCUCAUCGUAGAAAUUGUAGGCAAAACAAGAAUUACUGGAAACAGAGCGAAGCUGAUUCCGCUUGCAAUGUUUAUUUUGC